AUGUCUGUUGCAACAACCAAGAAGUAUAAGCCGAAGACAAGGUAUUCUCCCUUAUAUUCACCCAUUUCGACGUAUUCAACUACCACGAAUACCUCCGAUUUUGAUUAUAAACCUAACUAUAAUUACAACUCUUCCAUGUUUAAUCCGAGAAGGAAAGUGAAUUCCGCCUCAUCAUCUAAUAAUUGGAGAGAUAGAUCUAUCGGUGACGCAUGGGGAGAAACUAGCAGCAACAAUACCAAUAAUAACAAGUAUAAUAAUAAUAACGGUAGUAGAGGUCAUACGUACAAUAAUUAUAGAAAAAACGAUGAUGGUUAUAAAAACAGAAAUAGCCAUUACGGCAGCAAUAAUUACAAUAGCAAUAGCAAUAACAAUAGCAAUAAUAACAAAGGUCAUAAAUAUUAUUAUGAAGCGAAUGACAAGACCUACAAUAGUCAUACUAGGAACAAGCCAACAGAGAGGAAGUUAACUGCUAAUCAAAGGCGACAACAACAAGAAGAAAUGGAAAGGCAGAUUGCUGAAGAACAAAGACAAAACCAAGAAAAUGAACGAGGAAUUUUCCGAGAAUUAACAUCAAUUUUUACAUCUGGUAGAAAUUUUUGGAAUAAAUUGACAACAACAGAUGAUGCAGAAGAAGCAAAUGAAACAACUCUACCACCAACUUCUACUCGGAUAGAUCAAUCCGUGGUCUCUUCUGAUGAAAAUGGAACCAACAAUAUAUCACCUGUUCAAGGCUCUGAUGAAGAUCAUAAUGUACAAGACCGAAAACUACCAGAAACAAAUGUAAAACGUCCAGUAUCUAUUGAUUAUGAUAACAUUCAAUCAAAAAUGAGAAAGAAGAGUUUUAAUCCCAAAUCGGCGUCUCCGUUUUCCAUACCAGCAAGAAUUAGAAAACAAUUUCCAAGAAUGGAUAAAAAUGAUUCACAUAAAAGAAGAAAAGCCAAUAGGAGAAACUCAAAUAACUCUAGUAAUAAAACCUCCAAUAGCAAGGUAGUCAAGUUCUCAAAAGAUCCAUUCGGAUGGCAUAAUUGGGAAACGGAAAAAAUAGGCUCUCAUGAUAAGAAUGACUAUAACAAGAAAUCAGAUACGUAUCUAGUUCAAUAUGGUACACAAUUCAUUAGAAAACAUCAUAAACGGAAUAACUCACAAUUCAACAAUACCGCAAACGAUGCAAUGUUAGUAUUGAAAGGCAGAUCAGAUGAAGCUACCUAUUUGAAACAAAUUUUUAAUGGAGAGCAUCUCAUUCCAAAAGUUAUUCAAGAUGAAAAAAAUCAUCAAUUGAAAUUAUUAAGUAUGGAUUCUAAAUUAGAAAGAAGGAAUGACCUUACCAUAAGAAAAUCUAUUGUAGAUUUGACAGAAACUAUUAAAAAUGUUUUAUUAGAUAAAAGGAAAAAUAAUAAUAGAAAUCAACAAUCUAAUUUUUCUAAUGAAGAUGAUAUGACGAUCAUCAAAGAACGUACGAUAUCCUCUUUGGAGAGGAAAAAAAGAACGUACCUCCAUCAAAGAUUACAAUAUGAUAAAGCAUUGAUUGAUUUUGAAAAGGAAUUCAAAAAUUAUAGAGAUUUGCUAGAAGAACGGAAGAAAAUCCAACUGGACGUGGAAAGGAAAAGAUCCCAAUUCGCAAUAAAGAAGUUGAUCCCAACUUUAUCCGAUGACCAAAUACUGAUGGUUCAAAAGGCUUUAACGAGAAGAGAUAAUGGAUUAUUAAUGAAUAGAGAUAAUUUAGAAAUUGCUGUAAGAGAUAUUAAGACAUUGGCUCCAAGAAGGUGGUUAAAUGAUACUGUCAUUGAAUUUUUCAUGAAGGUCGUGGAAAAGAAAACUGAAAAUGUCGUCGCUUUUAAUUCAUUUUUUUAUACAACUUUAUCCGAACGUGGUUAUAGUAGCGUUAGAAGAUGGUUGAAAAGAAAGAAAGCUCAAAUUUCACAAUUAGAUAAAAUCUUCGUACCGAUUAAUUUAAAUCAAUCUCACUGGGCCCUUUGUAUGAUUGAUAUUUCAAACAAGGCAAUAAGUUACAUCGAUUCAUUAUCGAACGGUCCGAGUGCUAUGAGUUUUGCCAUAUUGAAUGAUCUACAAAAUUAUGUCAUGGAAGAAAGUCAAAAUACCAUGGGAAAAGAUUUUGAGCUCCGACAUUUGAGCUGUCCACAGCAACCAAAUGGAUUUGAUUGUGGUGUUUACGUCUGCAUGAAUGCAUUUUAUUUGAGUAAAAAUUCAAAUCCAACGUUCGAUUCUACUGACGCUGCAAGAAUGAGACAAUAUAUUGCAUAUUUGAUAAUAUCCGAUUCAUUAAAGUGA